AUGGUCGUUGGCCUCAUACUACGAUUGACCGCAGUAGGAUCGGUCCUAGAUGCAGUCAGCUUCGACUAUCAGAUGUUCUUUAACCUGCUACUGCCACCCAUCAUUCUUUCAGCUGGCUACGAACUACAUCAGGGUAAUUUCUUCAGGCACAUUGGUAGCAUUCUUACCUUCGCCUUUGCUGGCACAUUCAUAUCGGCCGUAUCGCUUGGACUCAUCUUGUUCCUGUGGACUCGCAUUCCACUCGAUGGCUUCAAGAUCAACUUUGUUGAAGCCAUGUCCGUUGGCGCUACACUCUCGGCCACCGAUCCAGUCACCAUCCUGGCCAUCUUCGAUACAUACAAGGUCGAACCGAAGCUAUACACCCUUAUCUUUGGUGAAUCAAUCCUCAAUGACGCCGUUGCCAUCGUCCUCUUCGAGACAGCGCAGAAGUACAAGGAUGGCGCCGAGACACUGGGGAUCACGAGCUUGUUUGAGGCUUUUGGUAUCUUCUUCGGUGUCUUCUUCGGAAGUCUGUUCAUUGGUGUCAUGGUUGGCAUUGUGGCAUCGCUAACGCUCAAGUUCACGUAUGUCAGACGCUACCCCAAGACAGAGACUUGUCUUAUCAUCCUCGUUGCAUACCUCACAUACUUCUUCUCCAACGCUAUCCACAUGUCUGGCAUCGUAUCGCUUCUGUUCUGCGGCAUCUGCCUCAAGCAUUACGCAUACCACAACAUGUCCAGGCGCACUCAGCUGUCGACAAAAUUCGUCUUCCAGGUCACCUCGCAAUUGUCGGAGAACUUCAUUUUCAUCUACUUGGGACUGUCGCUCUUUACCGAUAAACAGCUCGACUUCAAGCCUCUGUUCAUCCUCAUCACGGUGUUCGGCAUUUGCGCCGCUCGAUGGGCAGCUGUGUUCCCCCUGUCAAAGGCCAUCAACGCUGUCUCGAGAUAUCGCCAGCGACGCCGCGGUGUAGACACGACCGAGGAGGAAAUCCCAUACGCGCAUCAAGCCAUGAUCUACUGGGCAGGAUUGCGAGGUGCUGUAGGUGUUGCCCUUGCAGCGGGACUGACGGGUAAUAACGGUGACACCCUUCGUGCCACUGUACUCGUAGUGGUCGUGUUGACAGUCAUCAUUUUCGGUGGCACCACGGCACGUAUGCUGGAGAUCAUGGGCAUUCGUACUGGAGUGGUGGAGGAGAUCGACUCUGACGACGAAUUUGACAUCGAAGUUGUCAACGGGGGCACAUUCCAGCGCAACAAGGGCACAGGCAUUGGCCACACUCCUCAACCCAGUCAGAAUGGAUUUGGGCUAAGCAAUGUGAACGGCGCAUACUCCAGCGGCUCACUGAAUCGCAAUAGCCCACCCACACGACCCAAUGGACAGCCGAUGCGGCGAAACUCGAGCAAACAACGCUUUGCAAAUGGUGCAGACCAAGGUCUUCUCAGCCCUGGUGACAGCAACUCCGCCGAUGAGGAUGACGCGGACCUCGACCUACCACCAAGCGCACGCAGGUCGCCAAACCGACGACCCCCGCCACUCGGCACAUCGAUCGAUCCUCUCUAUCCAACCUCAGGCCAUAGGAUGGCAGAGACCGGUGCAGCAGAGGGUUCGAGCAGAGUUGCUACUGCGACAGGUGCCGUGAAGCAGCUGUUUAACGAGCUGAGCCACGACCCAGCAAACGCAUUCAAGCAGAUCGAUGAUGGAUUCUUGAAACCGCACUUGCUUCUUGACCCUGGGCAAGGCAAGCCAGGGCCUAGCAACGUGUAA